ACAGCUCCGGGAACGGCUGCGGGCCCAGCCGCUGCUUCCCCGACGGCGCCGCCGCAGUUCCCCGGAGACAGAAGCGGAGCCGGACCGCCGGAAACCGUAGAUCCGGGGAGGUCCGGACCGCGGUGAACUCCAGUUCCCCAGGACCGGAAGUGACAGCUGACCGCCGGAAACCGUAGAUCCAGGGAGGUCGGGGCCGCGGAGAGUUGUAGUUCCCCGGAACCGGAAGUGAUGGCCGGCCGCCGGAAACCGUAGAUUCGGGAAGGUCGGAGCCGCCGGGAGCUGUAGUUCUCCCGCGGCUCAGAGAAGUAGGCAGAGAGCGGAGCUGACGGCCGGGCAGCAUGGCGGGGCUGGAGCUCUUGUCGGACCAGGGCUACCGGGUGGACGGGCGGCGCGCCGCGGAGCUGCGCAAGAUCCAGGCGCGGAUGGGCGUGUUCGCGCAGGCUGACGGCUCGGCCUACAUCGAGCAGGGCAACACCAAGGCGCUGGCGGUGGUCUACGGCCCGCACGAGAUCCGCGGCUCCCGGGCUCGAGCCCUGCCGGACAGGGCCCUAGUGAACUGUCAAUAUAGUUCAGCGACCUUCAGCACAGGUGAGCGCAAGCGACGGCGACAUGGGGACCGUAAGUCCUGUGAGAUGGGCCUGCAGCUCCGCCAGACUUUCGAGGCAGCCAUCCUCACACAGCUGCACCCACGCUCCCAGAUUGAUAUCUAUGUGCAGGUGCUACAGGCAGAUGGUGGGACCUAUGCAGCUUGUGUGAAUGCAGCCACGCUGGCAGUGCUGGAUGCCGGGAUACCCAUGAGAGACUUUGUGUGUGCGUGCUCAGCUGGCUUCGUGGACGGCACAGCCCUGGCAGACCUCAGCCAUGUGGAGGAAGCAGCUGGUGGCCCCCAGCUGGCCCUGGCCCUGCUGCCAGCCUCAGGACAGAUUGCGCUGCUUGAGAUGGAUGCCCGGCUGCACGAGGACCACCUGGAGCGGGUGUUGGAGGCUGCUGCCCAGGCUGCUCGAGAUGUGCACACCCUCUUGGACAGAGUGGUCCGGCAGCAUGUGCGUGAGGCCUCUAUCUUGCUGGGGGACUGACCACCCAGCCACCCAUGUCCAGAAUAAAACCCUCCUCUGCCCACACA